AGGCGCUCUCUCGCAACGAGGCGCUUGUGUGUGUUCCCGACAAUCGGCAGCGAAAAUUGCGCAGAUUUAGUUUUGUUUUUGCUCCGUUCCAGCCCGGCUGGUGACUCGAUCGUCCGUCGGCAAGCCUAAAUAUCUGCGCCGCUCCGUACGACAGCGGAACGCCCGGUGCGGCCACCAUGUAAACGUGUUUGUUCGCGUUAUAUCUCGCACGCUCCUGCGUACCCGGUGAAGCGAGGGGACUUUCCUUCGACUCCUGCUGCUCGGGGGGCCACAGGGAAAGAACAAAAAGGAGGAAGCCUCGGCGCAUUGAUUACAAUAGGCCACUCGAACAGGAGCGGCGAUGAAGCUUCGCGUCUCGCAGCAUAGCUUCCACCAUGACGACAGCCCUCAGAUCAAGGCCGUCGACGAAUCGAGCCCCGCCCUGGUGGGAAUCGGGGUGGGCAGCUUGGUGCUCGUGGUGGCCCUGGCCGCCGUCUCGUGCGCCUGCUACCGGCGCCGUGGAGCGGCGCAGGCCAAGGGUCCCUCGCAGCGCCGACACCCGGACAAGAACCUGCCCCUGAAGAAGUCGUCGGCCGUGCGGUCUCCCAGCAGCGGGCCCGCGGGCCCCAUACUCAAGAAGUCUCCGAGUCCGACGGGGGGAAGCAAGUCGCCGCUAGGAGGGAACAGGUCGCCCUCGAGUCAAGGUGGUCUAACGCCUCCGACGGAGACAGCCCGCUCGAUAUGCGAGUCGGCGACCAAAGAAGUGCGUGCCGUGGUGCCUGCCGCGGCGGCAGCUUCGACCACCAGUGCCGCGGUCGUCGCUUCAACAGCCAGGGCGCAUGCAGACGGCGACAAGAAGGACGUGAGCCCUCCGGCAGCUGAAGACGUCGCAGACACCAAGGAGAAAGAGGUGACGGAGGAGAAGCCCACGCAACUGGGCCAGCUGCACUUCCGACUGCGUUACAACUCGGAGAAGCACGCGCUGCUCGUGACCAUCGUGCGCUGCUCGGACUUGCCGGCGCGCGACCCGAACACGGGCUCCUCCGACCCCUACGUCAAGCUGCAGCUGCUCCCGGAGAAGCAGCACAAGGUGAAGACGCGCGUGCUGCGACGCACGCUGAGCCCGGUGUACGACGAGGACUUCACUUUCUACGGUAUCAACCCGAACCAGCUGCAGGCCACCACGCUGCACUUCGUCGUGCUCAGCUUUGACCGGUACUCUCGCGAUGACGUCAUCGGCGAAGUGGUCUGCUCCAUGGCGGGUCUCGACACCGACCACCUCGACAAGACGCUCGCCCUGUCCAGAGACAUCGCGCCACGCCACUUCAAGAUUCGAUCGCAGGGUCGUGGCGAGCUGCUCGUCUCUCUGUGCCACCAGCCGGCGGCCAACCGACUCACCGUAGUGGUCCUCAAGGCCCGGAACUUGCCUAAGGUGGACAUCACCGGACUCUGCGAUCCGUACGUGAAGAUCUACCUGCUGUACAACGAGCAGCGGAUCGCGAAGAAGAAGACGCACAUCAAGAAGCGCACCGUGAACCCGGUGUUCAACGAGUCGUUCGUGUUCGAGGUUCCGUACAACGAGGGCCUGGACAACCUGAGCCUGGAGUUCCUGGUACUCGACUGGGACCGGGUGACCAAGAACGAGGUGGUGGGCCGCCUGCAGCUCGGCCCGCGCGGAUCGCCCGCCGCGCAGCAGCACUGGCGUGAGGUGCGCAACUCGCCGAGGCGCCAGAUCGCCGAGUGGCACAAGCUCAGGGAGUAACCGCCACCUCCUGCGCCGAGACACAGGUUUUGGAGGAGAAAGCACGGCCUCCGUCUGCGACUUCACACUUUGAAGACGCGAAGAGAAAACGCAGUCGCACUGGAGGAAUGGCGAGGCAUCUCGUCGCUUGCUUGUGUUGUUCAUUGGCCUACUAUCGCUAUCUGGAAACCUUUCUUCUCCUGAACGGAGAGCAUUAUUUUCCGACACUUAGAGGCGUGAACUUACUGACGUGAAUUUGCCUUAUGUGUUUUCAAAUGACCCAACCGAUGCUGUCCCACGGCUUAAGAAAAAAAAAAGUGAUUAGACAAACUAGCAUUACUUGUCGUAAAUCAAGCACGCGUGGGCUCUCUCUCCUUUCGAACCUGUUUGCCCGCACCGACACUUUGCAACAAGUGUUUUGUGAGCCGUAGGUGUUGCUUACGAAAUAAUUUGCAUUUUUUUCCCGCGCUUAUCGCGGCUUGCGUUCUUACUGACUAACACAUUUUUGAAUGUUCUGAGACGCAUUUGGCGCCACUUGUUGCAUGGUCGUUGUAUAUCCCAUAGUGUGGACUGGGUCACUAGAUAGAGAGGCAUAUGCAAACGAUGCUAUGUACAUACAAGUCGAGAUGAAAGGUGAUCUCUUUUUUUUUGCCAUUUGCUUCCUCAUCGGCAAUGUGCUAUGGCUUAAAAAAUGAUUUAAGCUUUCUCCCGAAGAUUCCACAGCGUGAUGCCAGCUGCCUUCUGUUUUUCAUUUGCACUAGUUGAAAACGAUAGUUUUAACCGCAAAUGUAGAAACUCACCUAGAGUAUGGUGUGCUCUUUGUCGAAUUGCAAAUUCAGAUCUCACAGCCAGGAACCACGCGCACUUGUUCAAUAAGACCUACGGUAAUACCUAGCUUAGCUACAUAGGAGUGUUGCGUGUGAGUGGAUACAUCUGCCUGUCUCAAGUCAGUAUCAUUUAACAAAACAACAGGUAAACAAUGAGGUGGUUCACGUCACGUACACCAGGCGUGCAACAGCUGCAAACCAAAUCGCAGUAUUUAAGUAUACACGAGACAUCAACACGAGCUUCUGUACCACCAGGUAGCUUUCGUACAUCGUCGCCUUUUCCUUGCCGCUUAAUAUUUCAGCCGAAAUGAAGCUGCGUGUUAUUGUAAUAAUGAUGUGAGUCAAAGCUUUUUGUGAUAACUGAGACGGACUAGAUGACUUAGGUUAAAAAAAUAAUAGAGCACGGACUUGUUUCACACGCGAAGACAGAUGUGUGACACACAUUUCGAAAGAUGCACGAAGUUUUGCCACUCUGAAUUUAAAGCAGCCCGCGAAACACCAACACGAACACAUUGUUGCCGCUUACACCGCUAGCAAACAAACACGCACACUACGCCAGCAGCGAGAGGACAUUGCAAAACUAGUAUACAAGCGAUGAUCAUCUUCGACAGGAAGCCGUGACAGCGCUCGCUCUUGUGAAGAGUGGCCCGUAGCGAGCGCUCCACACACCCAGAGUCAGGGCCUAUGUUAAGACGGUUUCGCUUUUCCUACAUGAAAGACAUAUCGUGUUGGUGUGGAAGUGGUGCACAUGCGAGAGCUUGCACACACGUAAACGGUGUGCGAAGAUUCUUUGCAAAGAGAGCGUGUGUGAAGCCAUGUGCGAAAGUUGUUUAUCCUUCCCCCACCCUGUACAUACGAUGACCCACGAUGACACCACGCGGUGCGCGCCGGCAGCGGCAGAGUAUUUUAUGUACAACGUUGAUGAUGAGGAAGAAAGAAGUACGUUGCACUUUUCUUUUCUUUUUCUUCGGUGUCUAUACUACUACAGCAACUAUUACUACUACAUAAGUACGAGCGUACACAUAGUCGUGCGUAUUAUGUCGAGAUGCAUGCGUCUGUAUAAGCAAAGUGAAAAAAAAAAAAACGACGAAACAGAGCCUAUACUUACAUGACUCCCGCUGUUAUCCGAACACAGGCCUCCACUCUGAUCGAGUUGGAAAAAAACCCUCUUUCCCGACAACUUAUAGCGUGUUAUUCCCUCGUUGACCGUUUGAUCGCAUCGUUGGAUCGCGCGCCGCUGCUGAACAUUUUUUUUUUUUGCGUCGUUGUCGAUGCAGAUUGGACGACGUGCGCGGAUACGUGAUGCGACUGUAUUGUUGUGCCUCACAUCACACUACCCGACCCUCUCUAUCUUCCCGUUCACCCUUUGUCGCUACACGUCCCCUCCAUUGACUCCUAUACCUCCCACGUUCAUCCCUUCUCCCUUUUUAGCACCGAUCUCGUUUCGUAUCCCUUAUAUUAUAGGCGUAAAGUAUAACGUGUCUUUUAAUUGACGUCUCGUGCUGUAAAGUAAAGAGAUAUAUUACACCGCUGGUCGGGCGCCGUGCGUCACGGGCAACAUCGUUGCACACCGAGCCUGUGGCCGUGCACAUGUCGAGCCCUCUCUGUAACCCGCGCAGCAACGCAAAUCUGUAGAUUUUCUUUUGUGACUUUCAUGAAGUGAUUCCGCAAUAAACACAAAAA